UUCGCUCAAGGCGCAGUAAGUGCCCUUGUCUCAAGUAGUUUUGAGUUUUAUAAUAACGCGAAGGGACAGUGAGUAGAGUCAGUGGCAUCUGGCCUGUGCGAACGCUGAAAAUUACUAAACGAAAAAUUCUAAAAGAGUAAACAGUUGCAUCAGUCCAUCAGACACAUCCAAGCAUAGUGGCAGUCAACAUGGAUAGCCAAGUACUGCUGGUUGUCACUGCUUUGAUUGUGUACAUUGUUAUGGCAAUUUGUGCUUUGAUUCCAGUCUGCAUUGUAGCCAAGAAAUCAACCAAGGACUGCAACUUUAGUUGUGGUACAGAAAGAAUAAUUUCUUUCUGUAAUUCCAUGGCUGGUGGAGUCUUCAUCGCAAUGUGCUUUCUAGGACUACUUCCUUAUGCACAAGACAAGACGAGGAAAGUGCUUGCAGACCUUAAUAUAACAACUGAUUUUCCUGUUGCUGAAUUCACAUGCAUUUUAGGAUUUUUCCUUAUCAUGUCAGUCGAACAGCUCAUUCUUCAAUGCCAAAAUUCAAAGAACAAGACCAAAGGAGACUGGGAAGUCCCAAUGGCUUUUGACGAAACUGAUAGAUCAAGUAAACUGAAUUAUUAUAACACAGUCAGAGAUGAAAGUGCUUCAGAAGAACUGCUUGGCAAAAAAGCAUUAGAAGCAGUCUCACCAGAGAGUCCUUCGAUUCUAAAGGAAAUCAACAUCCCCAGGAUUUAUCAAAAUGUUCCGAUGGUCACCUUUAAGGAAGAAGAUAGCGAUGAAGCACCUAGUCCUAAAAAAGUUCUUCAAUUGGAACCAGCCCAAGGCUGCAGCCACCAUCAAGUAGAAAGAUUACUCAAGAACAAAUCUGGGGGAACCCUACGCCUAACUUUGCUGUACAUGGCUAUUAGCAUUCACUCAUUAUUUGAAGGAAUGGCCUUGGGCUUGCAGACAGAUCAAAUGAAAAUCUUUCACCUGUUUUUCGCGAUCGUGUUUCAUGAAGCCCUCAUCGCCUUUUCAGUUGGUAUCACAAUGGCAAGACAGCAAUUGACUCUCCAACAAGGAGUCAAAUAUAUUCUCAUCUUCUCACUGGCUGUCCCUUUGGGGAUUUGUCUUGGACUGGUCGUCCAACAAGCUCCCGGUACUGGUGGAUCUGUCGCUUCUGCAAUAUUUCAAUCUCUUGCAGCUGGGAUAUUCAUUCACGUCACAUUCCUCGAACUUAUUCCGGCCGAACUUGCUAGUUCGAAAGACAGAAUGGUUAAAGUUGCAUUCCAUUUCCUUGGAUUUAUAGCAAUGGCGCUUGUGACCAUUACAAUGGGAUCGCACCAUUAAAUCCGCAAAAUUCGUUCUUUCGUGAUGAUCUUCAUUCGUUUACAUAUUCUCUCUGUUUUUCUUUUACUCCUCGUUGACUCUGGCAUGAUACUAUUGUCCACGCGUUCUCCAAUUUUGAAUUUGAUAAUCUUGAAAUUUGUUCAUGCUGUUUGCUUUUGUUUCUUGAACACUAGUCGCCUUGUGAGUUAUAAGAUCUAAAAAUAAGUGCAAUCAAGAAAAGUACGAGGAAGGCGGAAAUAAAAAGAAACUUAAUCGAAAA